AUGUUAUCGUACAGUUUAAGCUUCCAGAUCCUUAUCCUCUUAUUUCUUCAAGCCCAUAAUGUCCUUGGUGCCCCAGCCUAUUUUAAGGCAAAUGAUUCUAGCUCUGAUGGCUUAACAGAGCUUCCAGGUUAUGCUCAAGAGCUUCUGAAAAGAACAACCACCACUUCAAGAUACCUUGAGUCGGAUUUAAUCGUUGUUGGCCAAUAUGUGUUCAAUAAAGUUCUGAUUGGUACUCCUGGCCAUUCGGUUGUUAUGAUGCUUGAUACAGGAAGUUGUGAUUCCUGGGUGCCCCUGAUCUUUGGGAUGGGCGCUAAAUAUACUCCAUCCACUGAUGGCCUUACUCUUGUCACCAAUUCUGUUGGGAAAUUCCUCAGCCUGAUGAUCAACAAACGUGGCUUAUUUAGUGGUUUGCUUUCGGGUACUGGUUCUACCAACACAGUUUUGGAGGCGCUGCAAACAGGAACCGUUGCUUAUUCUCUUGUUCUUAGUAAUUUGAGAAAUCUGACGUUGCAAGGUAGUAAAUCAAGCGACAUAUACAGCUGGAAUCCUACUCUUUCUUCUACGAAAAGUAAUUUAUCGGAAAUCAUGGAUGAAUUCUAUGGAAGUGGUGAGAAUAUAAAUUGGGCCCUUGGUGAUUGGUUUAGUGACACUGUGAAGUUGGAUCAAGGAACUUCUAUUAAAAAAGCCGACUUUGGAUGGGCUUACACAAGUUCAACAUUCGGGAUCUUUGGUGCUGGGGUAGAUAAAUGGACCAGCCACGAAACAUGGAUUGGGAGUUUGAAAUCUCAAGGAACCAUUGGUAAGAAUUCCAUUGGGGUGUUCCGUAAUAAUGCAGCGUAUGUUACGGGUGAGACUCAAGGGAGAGUCUUAUUUGGCGGUGUUGAUACCAAAAAAUUCAGCGGCGACAUGGUGAUUCAUCAAGCGAUCGCCGAUUCCGAAAAAUACCAAUUGAUGCUCACUAUUUCCUCUAUGAAAUACGGGAAAGAUGUCGUUUCUAUUCUGACCAAAGAGACAUUUAUUGAUACCGGAAUGCCAUUUAUUAACGUUCCUGUGGGAACCAAGUUUGUUGGAUUAACAUACAAUGCCGAACUCAACAAAUAUUUAGGGCCAUGUCUCGCUACGAUAGAAGCUGCGGAAGCUGAAGCCGCUGAAAACUCUAAGAAAGCCUCAACUACCGAAAAAGAAGAAGCAGAAGAAGAAACUGAAAAAGCAGCAGAAAACGGCUAUGGUGCAGAUUUGAUCAUCACUGUGGGUACCCAAUCGAUCAUUGUUCCUUAUUCAAUGCUUGUUACCACGACAGGGUAUGGCGACUAUUGUGUCACUAAACUUAUGGGAGGUGAAGAUUUUGUGUUGGGGGCUCCAUUUUUGUCCGCUGCAUAUGUUUAUUAUGAUUAUGAGUUGGAUACCAUCGGAUUAGCCCAAUCCAGUACUAUUCUGUCAGCUCUUAAAGUGGGAUCUGUCUCUGAAUCCAACGUUGUGGUUCCUGGAGGUGCUGGAUCGGUCAUUGCUGGGAAAGGUCCGGUGAUGAUCACCAGUUCGACUUUUACUGUCGCCACUGCCACUGCCACCGGUACUUCCAGUGAGUCUUCGUCCGCUAGUGAAACAGAUUCUGCUACCGCUACUGACUCUGUUACUACCACCGGCUCUGCUACUGGAACGGUCGCCGAUGAUUCCGCUGCAACUGCCACGACCAAGGCCACUAAUUCAGCUAACAAGGAACUUGAAGAUGGAGCCAUUGAGAUUGCUGGUGCCGCUGGAGCCGUCGAUGCUGCCGGAGCAAUAAAAAAAGCAUCCAGCGGAGUGACUAUUACUAGUGCUACCGCCACUGCCCAAGCCACAGAGGUUGCAACAUCCGUAAAAAUCGACACCACGGAGGCCGUUGGUUCCGUUCAUAUUAAUACCCCAACAGUUUCCGUUCACAUCAACACUCCUACUGUCGAGUCUGUUCAUAUUGACACUCCGACCACUACUCAUAAGUCUACGAAAACCAAACUGAAAUCCAAUCUUGAAGAGGAAGAAGAAGAACAUGGAUUGUGA